UAACGUUUCGCUUGGCUAAGUGCGCGCCUCGUCACUGAAACCAGUUAGUAAAAGAAAUUUUUGUUCAAACUAAAACCGAUAGCUACGUCACGAUUUGAUCAUUUCGAAUGCAAAUUAUUCGAACAUUAAUAAACUAGGUCGCCAUCCGUGGCGCUGCCGCCGGGCUGCGGAACCUACGGCGGAUAAUAUCGGGACCAUCAUGUUAAAUAUUGUUAAAUGUACACUAGUUAAACAAACGUCUAAAGUGCAAGUUAGUAAGCUGGAAAGCCAGUAAAAAAAAAGGAAAUGGUAAACAGCCCGCCGAAGUUGACAAGCAAAGACAGAACCAAUAGAUUAACAAAUUAAAGUGAUAGUUGAUAGUUUAAUUACUAUGUGAAGAUAAUAACUUCGUGCAGAAGUACAAAGUUGACAACGAAAUCCCUCUUUUAACAGCAAUGAAAAAGGCAAUAAUCGUUCUUACGCUACGCCAAUUCUAACAUCAUUCUUAGGCGUGCACCAAUAUCACCAGCGAAGUUUCCCAUCAACGUCAGCGUAUAAUAAAUCAAUCAUGAUGCUAACAACUGAACACAUAAUGCAUGGGCAUCCCCACGCGUCGGUUGGGCAGAGUUCCCUAUUCGGGUGCUCUACGGCGGGUCACAGUGGCAUAAAUCAGCUGGGCGGCGUGUAUGUCAAUGGCCGACCACUGCCCGACUCAACGCGUCAAAAAAUAGUCGAAUUGGCUCACUCGGGCGCACGUCCUUGUGAUAUUUCAAGAAUACUGCAAGUUUCCAACGGCUGCGUGAGCAAAAUUCUUGGCAGAUAUUAUGAAACAGGAUCGAUUAAACCUCGAGCGAUAGGUGGUUCAAAACCACGAGUAGCUACAACCCCGGUCGUACAAAAAAUUGCUGAUUAUAAACGGGAAUGUCCCAGCAUAUUUGCGUGGGAAAUACGGGAUCGACUGCUGUCCGAACAAGUUUGCAAUAGUGAUAACAUUCCAAGUGUUUCAUCCAUUAACCGAGUCCUACGUAACUUGGCCUCACAAAAGGAGCAGCAAGCGCAGCAACAAAACGAAUCUGUGUAUGAAAAGCUUCGCAUGUUCAAUGGCCAAACGGGCGGAUGGGCAUGGUAUCCAAGCAAUACAACGACGGCACAUUUGGCUCUACCGCCAGCGGCUUCAGUUGUGUCAACUCCAACAAAUUUAACAGGACAAAUUAAUCGAGACGAUGUGCAAAAACGAGACUUACAAUACUCAGCCGACGUUUCGCAUCCAAACUCUCACGAUAGUACAUCGGAUGGCAACUCGGAACAUAAUUCAUCUGGAGACGAAGACUCACAAAUGCGUUUGCGGCUGAAAAGGAAAUUGCAGCGCAAUCGUACUUCAUUUUCUAAUGAGCAGAUUGAAAGUCUCGAAAAAGAAUUUGAAAGAACACAUUAUCCGGAUGUUUUUGCGCGAGAAAGACUUGCAGAUAAAAUUGGUUUGCCAGAGGCACGUAUUCAGGUUUGGUUCUCAAACCGACGGGCCAAAUGGCGCCGGGAAGAAAAAAUGCGCACUCAAAGACGGUCGGCGGAUAACGUAGGCGGAAGUGGUCGAGCCAGCACAGCUAACAAUCCUUCAGGAGCAGCUGCAUCUUCUUCCGUUGCCACGUCGAAUAACUCGACUCCCGGCAUCGCCAGCUCAGCAAUCAACGUGUCGGAAAGAGCUUCAUCGGCUAUAAUUAGCAAUAGUUUACCCGAGACACCGAAUGGAUCAACUGUUCUAGGCGGAGACGCAAAUGCUGCGCACACGAGCUCUGAAAGUCCACCGCUCCAGGCAGUCGCACCGCGGUUACCCCUAAACACUGGAUUCAACACCAUGUACUCAUCCAUCCCGCAACCUAUAGCAACUAUGGCUGAAAAUUACAACUCAUCAUUAGGAUCGAUGACGCCGUCGUGCUUACAACAGCGAGACGCCUAUCCCUACAUGUUUCACGAUCCCUUAUCACUAGGAUCUCCGUAUGUACCACCCCACCACCGAAACACAGCCUGCAAUCCAGCAGCUGCGCACCAACAGCCACCUCAGCAUGGUGUUUAUGCGAACAGUUCUCCAAUGCCAUCAUCAAAUACAGGUGUCAUUUCCGCAGGCGUUUCGGUGCCUGUGCAGAUUUCCACGCAAAAUGUAUCUGACCUGACGGGAAGUAAUUACUGGCCACGUCUCCAGUGAUCGUCAAUUUUUAAUUUGCCAUCAGAUAUUCUGUCGAAGGCGACUGCCGCUGCAAUUGCUGCCGCACAUGCAGCUGAGGAAAAGCAUCAACACCAAAAAGGGCAUUCAGUUGAUAGCAUGCAAACUACAAAUAGCAACAAAAACCCACCUAGUUUGAUGAACACAUCAAGAUAUUUAAAAAUGAACGUGGGAGAGGGGAAGGAUGUAGAUGUUGUCCACGGUUCUAUAGUUCCCAUAUCACCACGUAAUUCAACUAAAUUUGAAUUUUUUGGUAGCCCAAAGGCUAGCUACCAUCGGGAUUUUCAUAUUAUUUAAAGAGUUCACAAGUCGAACCAUACCGGCUUUGAUUACAAUUACGAAAGGCGCUAUUCAGCUGAACAUUUUUAAAAAAAUGCGUUUUUAUAGACUACAUGGAGUGCAAAAUCGUUUAAAUUAUAUUAAUUUUUUAAUGAUACUGUUGUUACUGAGCAAAUAAAAAUUCAAGUUGUCUUUGUACCUCUUUUACAUCUUUAACUAAGCCAAAACCAAAUUUUUUUUCUCCGUAUCUGCUAAAAUUUUGUAUCGCUAUUUUUUCCCUUUAUUAAAAGAAUGUGACAUGCAAUGGACGUAUAUAUACCAGCUGCCUGGCUGUAUGUUUCGAUGCAAACUGGUAUCUUUUCUAGUUGUUUUGCUAUUUCUCAUUUCAAAAAUUUAGACAAUCAAACCGUUUGAAAUAAAGAUACCACAAGUCACGCGUAUCUUACGUCAGGAAGCUAAACUUAAAACAUUUUUCCUUGUUUUUGUUAAGUAAACAAUUACAUCUAUAGGACUAUGUACUCAGUUUGAUAAUAAUUGGACCACAUUAACUUAAGACAAAGAGCAAAUCUAAGCCUUUUACAGAACAUUUUUUAAUCGUUAUAAAUUGGAUGUGAGAUUUCGACAUGGUAAUAAAAAAGAUAAUCAAGAAUACAAUUAUUUUAUAUGCAGCUACAUUCUUUUAUACGAACAGAGUAAAAAAACAGAAUAAUUUUAAAAGAUCAAAAAAUAAGUCAGGGACAGCUCUUAAUUUCUAAAACUAUGUUAAGGGUAUAUUAAACAUAUUUAAUAUAUUCAUCGCAACUUAGUUUACUGUGCAAUAGUGUUAUUACUAUCCAAACUGAGUUAUCGGUAAAAAUAGCACAAAUAAACGUCCAAGCGGAUACGGACAGUUCAAUGCUUAAAUAUAUUAUUAUUUUGGCUCACCCUUUAAACAAUUUUAUUUAAAAAAAAUUAUAAAUCUGAUACACAUAUAUUUAAUUAUGAUAUAUUUUAUUAAUCUUUACGAUGUUGUUUCAUCAAAAAAAAAUCUUCUUUGUUGAGCUGAUGUUUUAUACUCUUGCAGCUAUAGCAAAAUGAACCAGGCAAUAAGGCAGCCAUCAAAUAUAUUCCUUCAAAAUUUUAAACUCAACGACGGACUAAAAACAACGCAGUUAAAAAAUUAAACAAAAUUAAAUCCAAUGCUUCUUUUGAUGAAGAUGUCAAAAUAGACUAGCCAAGUGAAAAUAAUUUAAAAUAUGUAUACUUUAAAAGGAACUCAUAUUCUUUGCUGCCUUAAAAAAAUAGGACAUAAAUUAUAAAACUGCAAGUGUAUAAAAAUAGCCUAUAUUGAGAGAUCGUAAUACAUUAGCAUAAAUGCAGAUGAAAAUAUUUAUCUAUAUUGUAAAUAAGUAAAAACACAUGGGUAUUAAACAUUAUUUCCAAUUUUAACAAACUUCACCAAAGUAAUAUUAAUUUCUUAUUACUCUAAAAACUCAAAAAACUUCAAGCCUCCUGGAUAUUUUAAUAUUUUGGAAUUAUAUUUAAUUUUCUACAAACGCGUCUAUCAACAAAUUUACAUAAUUAUAGAUUUCAGAAAAAUGUUUGCUUCGAGUAAUUUUAGAAUAUUAUUUAUUCCUAUAUAUAGUAAAAUACCAUUUGUAUAAGAAAACUUUAGUUACUGCACUAUUACUUAUAACAACGUAAGAUCGAAGAGUAUUGCAACGAACUUGAUUCCAGUUAAGGAAAUACACCUACAUCUCAUACAGAUAAACACACCUCCCCAAAAAGAGCCUUCAGGUUUAUAUAAUAAAAGUCGUAAAUAUAUAAUGUAUGGUUCAAAUUUAUAUUUAAAAACAAAUAAAUGUAACAUUUCAGAAUAAACAUUAAGUCGGAUGUUCUUAAGAAAGGUUUAAUAAAAUCGUAAAUCAAUGUA